AAAAUCACCAACUUCCUUAACAACCGAUGGGUCCUUUAACAAUUCUCUGAAUUUAUGAUUGAAGACGCUUCAGAUGUCUUCUAUGUCGCAAUCGCCAUCGGCGCCGGAGAUGGAAAUUCAACCUCCGACAUUGGUGAACGAUGAUCCUUCCACCUAUUCCUCCGCUAUGUGGGAUUGGGGAGAUCUCCUUGACUUCACCGCAGACGACCGACUUCUCGUCUCUUUUGACUCCGAAACCCCUUUCUCUCCCGUUCCUCCUCCUCCUCCUCCUCCUCCGCCGCCGAUGAUUGCGACGCAACCCCCGGUGGAAUCUGAAUCGUAUCCGUCUCCGGAUGAAUCGGGCUCAGGCUCCGAUCGGGUUAGGAAGCGGGACCCGAGGUUGAUUUGUUCCAAUUUCCUCGAAGGUAUGCUUCCGUGCUCGUGUCCGGAGCUCGAUCAGAAACUGGAGGAGGCUGAGCUGCCGAAGAAGAAGCGGGUUCGAGGCGGGUCGGGCGUGGCUCGAUGUCAGGUUCCGGGUUGUGAAGCGGACAUAAGCGAGCUCAAAGGGUACCAUAAGAGGCAUAGGGUUUGCCUCCGGUGUGCCAACGCCAGCUCCGUUGUGCUUGACGGAGAGAAUAAGAGAUACUGUCAACAGUGUGGAAAGUUCCACGUACUCUCGGACUUUGACGAGGGGAAACGUAGCUGUCGGAGAAAGCUAGAGCGUCACAAUAACAGACGGAAAAGGAAACCUGUAGAUAAAGGGGGCGUUGCUCCAAAACAACAACAAGUGUCAUCACAGAAUGAUAACAGCGUAAUUGAUGUUGAUGAUGCAAAAGAUAAUACAUACUCUAGUGACCAGAGAGCAGAACAAGAGGCUUCAAUGAAUUUUGAAGAUCGGCAUAUUCCCGCUCAGGGGUCUGUACCCUUUACCCAUAGCAUCAACGCAGACAACUUUGUCUCUGUUACAGGCUCGGGUGAAGCUCAACCAGAAGAAGGAAUCAAUGACACAAAGUUUGAACUUUCACCUUCCUGUGGUGAAAACAAAAGUGCUUACUCAACUGUGUGCCCUACUGGUCGGAUCUCCUUCAAGCUCUACGAUUGGAAUCCAGCGGAGUUCCCACGGAGACUACGGCAUCAAAUAUUCCAAUGGUUGGCCACCAUGCCUGUUGAGCUGGAAGGCUACAUCCGUCCAGGAUGUACAAUUUUGACUGUAUUUAUAGCAAUGCCAGAGAUUAUGUGGGCUAAGUUGUCUAAAGAUCCUGUGGCAUAUCUGGAUGAAUUUAUUCUUAAACCUGGAAAAAUGCUAUUUGGAAGAGGCUCGAUGACUGUCUAUUUGAACAACAUGAUUUUCCGUCUUAUGAAAGGCGGGACAACUUUAAAGAGAGUCGAUGUAAAAUUAGAAUCACCAAAACUUCAGUUUGUGUAUCCUACAUGUUUUGAAGCUGGAAAACCAAUUGAACUCGUUGUAUGUGGACAUAACCUUCUGCAACCCAAAUGCCGGUUUCUUGUGUCUUUUUCUGGGAAGUACUUACCACAUAACUAUUCUGUUCUACCUGCACCGGGCCAAGAUGGGAAGCGUUCUUGUGAUAACAAGUUCUACAAGAUCAAUAUUGUGAAUUCUGACCCUAAUCUCUUUGGCCCUGCAUUUGUCGAGGUUGAGAAUGAAUCUGGACUAUCAAAUUUCAUACCUCUAAUAAUUGGAGAUAAAGCUAUUUGUUCCGAAAUGAAAUUAAUAGAGCAGAAGUUCAACGCUACACUCUUUCCAGAGGGACAAGGAGUUACCGCAUGCUGUUCUUUGACUUGCUGUUGCAGGGAUUUCGAAGAGAGACAGAGCACCUUUACAGGUCUCUUGUUGGAUAUUGCAUGGUCAGUGAAGAUGCCCUCUUCAGAAUGCACUGAGCAAACCGUGAACAGAUGUCAGAUAAAAAGAUACAACAGAGUUUUGAACUAUCUGAUACAGAGUAACUCGGCCUCAAUCUUAGGAAAUGUACUGCACAAUCUGGAAAAGUUGGUGAAGAAGAUGGAUCCAGACAGUCUUGUUCACUGUACCUGUGACUGCGACGUGAGGCUUCUACAUGAAAAUAUGAAUGUAGCCAGAAAGCAGCAAAGCUAUGAAGAUUCAAAGUUGAAACCAGGAAUAUCAGGGUGCUGUUGUGAGAGCAGUUUCCAGAAGGACAUACCAUCAAGAAUGUUUAACUACAAUCAGGAUCCAGAAGCAGGAUUAGAUUGUAAGGAGAGGUUACAGGCGGCUUCACCAGAUACUGGCGGAAAAGAGACUGAUCCUCUUAUAAACAAAGAGGUUGUCAUGGACGUAAAUGACAUGGGAGUCUGGCCAAGGAAGUCUUGUAUACCAAUACACAAAGCCAAAACAUUCAGGUCCCAUCAAACUGUUUUCUUAAUCGCUACAUUCGUGGUCUGUUUUGCGGUCUGUGCGGUUCUCUACCAUCCAAAUAAGGUUACACAGCUGGCAGUGGCAAUCCGAACUAGAUUGGCACACAACGUUUGAAUAAAAAGUUCAAUGGCAGAGAGACUCGUUUUAACUCAGCUACAGCUUCUCAGAGAGACAGACAGAUGGUUACUGAUCAUAUGAAUGAAUUCUUAGUUGUUUUUUCUGUGCUCUUCUAAUUUCUUAAAGACUGGUGAUGCUGCAACUGUAAUAAUAGGAAAUGGUCUGACCAGUGAUUGAUCAUCCUCAUCGAAUAGUGUUUAUACAUAUAUAUUAGGGCUUGCUUUUCGCUCACUGUAACCUUUUUUUUUGGUCUAAGAAAUUAUAUAUUGGAGAAACCUUGAAACACUAAUCGUAGUUU